UAUUAUCGGUGUAUCUUUAUUGAGUUGUACUUCUAGUCUCCUAAUUCAUCCUCGCAUCUUCAUCUCACCGCUUUCUGUGCGUGAUGCCCGCUACGGUUAUUCGGCUUGGUAUUUUAAUCUCCCCUCAAGAGGGGCGGCGACACAAUCGCCAAUUAUGCGAUUGUUGCUGGGGCAGCCGCGUUGCAGGGUGACUCCACGCCUGCAAUACAUUGUUGUCUAGUAAAGUGGUGACGGGGAUGAGAAGAUUCUCUGUUUCCGGCCAUCGGUUUCCCUUCCUCUCACCUCUCAACUUAGACGCAAUACUCAGACAACGGUGAUUCUUCUGCGUUUUCCAGACCCCGCUUAUUCGUCUCAUGCCGUCUUACCUACUUCACCUUCAGCUUGAGAACAGUAUAUCGUCACUAAUCUCCCGCGAUUGUUCCGUUUUCUCAAUGUCUGGCUCGUUCUCUCGGUAUCGUCCAGGUACCCAGGUCCCUCAUGAGCCACAGAGGCCCUCGUCGUCGCCGCCUUCUAACACUUUUGUGUCUCUUAAUAUCCCCCAAGUGGAUAUCCUCAGGCCAUUUUCUGACUCAAUGACAAGCCAAUUACCCAACGAGACCUUAUUCGCCAUUUUAGAGCACCUACAAUCAAAUACACUCAUACCCGUUCUUCGCGUGUCACGCCGAUUUCAAGCAAUCGCAGAACGGAUUUUGUACGCAAACAUCUGCAUCGUCGAGACCCUCCCACGAUCUUCUCCCGUACCCUACGCGACGGCGUGCUGCUUUAAAACCCUUCUCGAUCGACCCCAUCUUUCCGAAGUCGUCAAGAGGAUUUCCAUACGAUGGCAAACAGAGUCUGGCCCUCGGGAGCAGUACAUGCCAUAUGUCGAACCAGUCCUCGAAACCAUGAACCGUGCAUUACGCAGCUUGACCGCUCUGGAAACAUUGGAGCUCGCCUUCGGCUUAUCAGGCGGCACCAUUUCUUCCCGGGGCAUCCUGGAAGGCUGCUCAUUCCCCGCACUCCGAUUGUUUUCUCUCAGCGGUGUCGGCAGAGGAAGUCUUAAUCCUAAGACUCAUCCAACACCCACACCGCCCAUCGAAUGGUUUCUCAGCGAGACACCGUCCAUCCAACAUUUGCGACUGGCAGAUUGUCAUGAGACGCUGGAGCUACAGCCGUCUGACCUCCCCUUUCUCACAACAUUUCGGGGAUCCGCUCCCACCGCUGCCUCAGUCCUCCCUGGACGACCGGUGCAGCUGCUUAGUCUCGUUGGGCAUGAGUUUGUUACGCAGCGGGACCUUGAGCGCAUUGCGUGCUCGAGUGCGCGGAUCAGGUGGUUAGAUUUAAGUUCAAUGUCGGUGACACCUAUCCUACUUCGGGAUAUUUCGCGGCAUUUGUUCGGUGUCGAGUAUCUCAAGUUGAAGUUGGCGCUACGACAUACACUGCAUCAUGCUCUCUCAGGCAUCAGCCUGUUAGCGGGUCUCACCUCUGUCCUUGGCGCAUUUCCGGAGCUUUACCAACUUGACCUGUCACCGACGAACAUCGAUGCCAUCUCGCCGGGAAACGCAGCUGAAGAAGCUCAAUUAUGCACCACUUGGGCUCGCGGAUGUCCCUCUCUUCGUCAUAUUGUCUUCCCCUCCAAGAUCGAGUGGAUUCUGAACGAACAAGAUAUGUGGAUCCCUCAAGCAGGCUCGCCUCCGAGCCACUAAGCCGGAAAAGAGAUGUAGAGAUGUCAGAGCGUAUUCGUUCUUGCUUGCUUUCCUUCUUGGUAUGCCGAACCUUUGGCCCAGCUAUGACCUUAUAUGACUCUAUCCUCUCUCGCAAAGCAUCCGAACACCUUCAUUCUUUCGUUCAUAUCUCUCCGUCUUGUUCCCUAUCGCCGAAUCGCCGUAUCAUCGUAUAUCAUAAUGGCAAUGUCGACCCUAGUAAUGCACUCUAGGCUUCGCUAUCACUCAAUGUUGUAUUUAUGGCACCAAUCUACCUUC